CGCAAGAGUAUUGACUGACUUGAGAGAAACAAAACCAAACGAAAAAAAAUAUGCUACAAACAUGGAAAGACUGAUGAAUCAAAAAGAUUAGCAUCCUCCACAUUUCUUAGGAAUCUGCACACUCCCAAAAGAUUCCACAUCUUCAGUGAAGGACAGGCUGUGAAUGCGAGGGAUUCAUGUAUGAUUGAAUGUACAGGGCGAUAUUGCAAAGAUUCCAUCUUGAUUUGGUGGGAGGAAUCUGUAUCUGUAUACUGUUAUAUACCAGAGACCCACCGGGGUCGCGUUUGAUUGGAUUUUUCAGGUGCUGCCCCUUGAUAUUUCUACCAAGUGAGAGGGUUCAUUUAAGUGGAUUGAAAAUGUAUCUGGUGGAGAGCAAAGGAGGUGCCAUAGUGUGUAUGCUCCUUUCCCUCUUUUUCUUGGGGACAUGGCCUGCCCUUUUGACUCUUUUAGAGAGACGGGGUCGCCUUCCCCAGCAUACUUACCUUGAUUAUUCAAUCACAAAUCUGUUGGCUGCUGUAAUUAUAGCUUUCACUUUUGGUGAGAUUGGCAAGAGCAAACCUGAGAUGCCCAAUUUCUUAACUCAACUUUCUCAGGAUAAUUGGCCAUCUGUUUUAUUUGCAAUGGCUGGUGGGGUGGUCCUUAGCAUUGGAAAUUUAUCAACACAAUAUGCUUGGGCUUUCGUUGGUUUAUCAGUGACUGAAGUGAUUACGUCCAGCAUAACUGUCGUUAUAGGCACAACCCUGAAUUACUUCUUAGACGACAAAAUUAACAAAGCUGAGAUUCUUUUCCCUGGUGUUGCUUGCUUUCUGAUAGCUGUAUGUCUUGGAUCUGCUGUUCACUCAUCCAAUGCAGCAGAUAAUAAAGCAAAGCUCAGCAAUUUAGCAAGUGAUCAAAACCUUGCAGCAGGGAUGACACGUACGUCAGCAUCCCUUGAAGGAUUUGAAGGAAGGAAGGAUCCAGAGAACAGAAUUGCUACUGUAGAGAAGGCGAAAUUUGGGACGGCAGACUUUCUUGUGGAGCUUGAGAACCGGAGAUCAAUUAAGGUGUUUGGCAAGAGUAUUGUAAUUGGCCUGACCAUUACCUUCUUUGCUGGUGUUUGCUUCUCUCUUUUCUCACCAGCAUUUAAUUUGGCGACAAAUGAUCAAUGGCACACCUUGAAGAAAGGGGUGCCCAAGUUGGUUGUGUAUACUGCAUUUUUCUACUUCUCCGUCUCUUGUUUUGUAAUUGCUAUCAUUCUCAAUAUCAUCUUCCUUUAUCGUCCUGUACUGAAGUUACCAAGAUCAUCAUUAAACGCUUAUUUGAACGACUGGAAUGGAAGAAGCUGGGCCCUUUUGGCAGGUCUUCUAUGUGGGUUUGGGAACGGUCUGCAGUUUAUGGGAGGACAAGCUGCAGGAUAUGCAGCAGCAGAUGCUGUUCAGGCACUUCCACUUGUGAGCACUUUCUGGGGAAUAAUUCUGUUUGGAGAGUACCGGAGAUCAUCAAGACGGACCUAUAUAUUGCUUGUCAGUAUGCUGUCUAUGUUUAUUGCUGCCGUUGGCAUUCUCAUGGCCUCAGCUGGGCAUCGAAAAUGAGCAAGUGGUUCCAAGAUUCUUGUUCUGGACUAUCAUAAACAUUCCAUAUGGGAAAAGAACUUGACGAUGAACUUAGGAGAGCAAUAGCUGGAGGUGGCCGGUAAAUUAUUUGUGAUUGAAGAUGUCAAAGGAUUGCAUGGUGGCUGUCUCUGAAUGUAGUAAUGUAUAUCCAAUGGUUGAAGAAACAUAAAAGUGAUGGAAAAUGUAACUGAAUUUGUAUUAUAUACCUUCAGUCAGUCUCUCGCUGCCUUGUCAUUCGUCGCUGCUAGUAACAAAUCAAUUUAUUUUUCUGAUUAGUUUGUUCUGGUUAGUCAAAGGAUAUGAUCCCGGUUGUGCAAAGAAAAGGUGGUUUGUGCAGUUUUCUUCACUUGGCAAGCCCAAUAGGGGAAUGUUUCAACAUA